AUGGAAAAUGGAAUUCAGCCUAAUAGAUGCACUUGGAACAUACUUAUUGAUGGAAUGUGCAAAGGGGGAAAACUUGAGAAGGCACAAGAAAUCUUUAAAGAUCUUUUAAUUAAAGGCUACCCUUUAAAUGUAUGUAAUUAUAAUACUAUGAUCAAUGGUCUUUGUAAAGAGGGUUUUCUUGAUGAGGCAUUGACCUUAUGGUCCAAAAUGGAAGACAAUGGUUGCUUGCCUGAUGCAAUAACUUUCGAAAUAAUGAUUAGGGCUCUAUUUGAAAAGGAUGAGGCUGAUAAGGCAGAGACAUUUCUUUAUGAAAUGAUAUCUAGAGGCUUGUUGUAA